UAUGAAAUACAAUUCUACAUAAAACAACAUUAUAUAUAAAACAGAUAUUACGAAAUGAUUAGUAAUGACGAGAUGAUAAGUCCAAAUAUUACACAAAAGUGCUGCAAGCUUACAGUCCGUAAUGUAAUAUUGCGCGUGUACGUGGUUUGUUCGAAUAUUUGUAGAAUUUAAGAAAUUUUUCUGUUAAGAACCGUUAAGGUAACUAACGAAAUGGCGAUGGUUAAUUCGUUUCGUUCAGUGAGGAUGUUAUUUUCAGCAACCGGGUUUAGACAUUUAUGGACUUCUAGGGCUUUGUUAGUCGAUCAGUCUGAUACUGAUAAUAAAAAAGAAUCGCAACAACCUAUUCAUGAAGAAAAUGAUGAAGAAUAUGAAAAAAAUAUUAAAACAAAAAUACUUGGUGCUUCUUUAAAAUUUGUUCCUGAUAUGGGCUGGACUAAACAAGCUAUUAGUGCGGGUGCUGAGUCGAUCGGAUAUCCGGGCGUGAUACACGGAUUAUUUCCAAACGGUGGCGCGGAUUUAGUGCACCACUUUUACUUCAUGUGUAAUCGUGAAUUGAAUGAGACUCUACAAAAAAUGUUACUGAACGUUAAAGAAGAUUCUACGAGUCCACGGAAAACUGCAGAACACCAAGUUCUCGAUGCUGUGGAAACUCGAUUAAGAAUGGUGAUUCCCUACAAGAAAACAUGGCCGCAAGCACUAGCUAUUAUGACUUUACCCCCGAACGUGCCGAUUGCUCUGGCAAAUUUGUUAACUUUAGUCGAUGAUAUCUGCUACUAUGUUGGCGAUAGGUCCGUUGAUUUCAAUUGGUACACUAGAAGGAUGAUAUUAGCAAUCAUUUAUAAGGCUACUGAGUUAUACAUGCUCCAAGAUAGUAGUGAGGAUCAUAAAGAGACCUGGAAAUUCUUAGAAACACGAAUAAAAGAAGCUGUACAAAUACACUCGCUGUUUUCUAGUUCGGUUAAACCAGAUGAAGCUUUAAGUCGUGCUGCAGAGAGUGCUAGUGCUGCUUUUGUAACGGCGCGCAAUAUACUCGGAUUGAAAUGACGUAAAUAAACAAGAAGAACUAGAAAAAUCAUAGACUAUAGAUAUUAACAUAAGCACAAUUAAAAUGUUUCUUAACAAAACUAAGGGAAGUUUUUUUAUAGUAAAGUACCUGAUUUUUUAUAU